AUGGCGUUCUCACACAACUUCACCCCCCUACCGUUCAAUGAUGACGUCUCCCCAUCAAUCUAUGAAACAAUUCGCGAGUAUGAUGAGGAUUCUCCGUCGUCGGAUAUAGAGGAGCAAGCUGCUAUGGCUGUAGACGAGGAAAACCUAGGCGCUAGCUAUGGAGAUUAUGAACUGGAAAAUGUGUUGGCUAAUGAACCUGACACACAAUCAACCCGCAGCAACAGCUCCCGACAUACCGCGGAGGAAUAUACCCAGACACUCCGCCAACCUCAAUGGACGCAGCCAUUGUCAGAUGGUAUCGAAGAUGAUGACGAGGUUCCUGCGUCUCUUCUUGUUGAGGGAGAUGAUGUUGAGGACCCUCUGCCGCCUCCUCCCACACGACACUCACCUCCUGGCCGGGUAUUCGAUCCUCAGCCAGCUCCCAACUUUCUCUCACCACGACUACGUAAUCAGUGGAAAGCCACCCAAGCGCAGCACCCAAUUCACCCCGCCUCCCAGGCAAGCGUUCCCGGCAACUUACGUUCAACCCCACGGACUGGGUUAGCUUUUGCCGACCCAAAGGAGAAGGCUAUGUGGAGAUGGACAAAUGUACAGAACUUGGAUAACUUCUUGAGGGAUGUAUACAUUUAUUUCCUGGGUAACGGGAUUUGGUGCAUCGCGCUGAGCCGUGUCCUGAACAUGUUGACGCUAGCCUUUGUGGUCGGCUUCACGACCUUUUUAACAAACUGCGUUAAUUAUCGAAAAAUUCAUGAGAGUAAAACUGUCUCUCAGAUUAUUGUCCCAAAAUGCACCAGCAGCAUGUCAACCACGACAACUCUCUUACUCUGGCUUUUUACAGUGUUUUGGCUCGGAAAGGUUUUCCAAUAUAUUAUAGAUUUCAGACGCCUUUGGCAUAUGCAUGAUUUCUAUUAUCACCUUCUAGACGUAUGCGACUCGGACAUACAAACAAUAUCAUGGCAGGAAGUGGUGUGCCGGCUUAUGGCCUUACGUGAUGCCAAUCCCACAACGGCAGAUAUUCCCUCUCUAAAACAUCGCAAGUAUAUUGGGAGCCAGUCAAAGCAACGAAUGGAUGCUCAUGACAUUGCAAACCGUCUUAUGAGAAAGGAAAACUACCUUAUUGCACUUUUCAACAAAGAGAUUUUGGAUCUUACACUUCCUGUUCCAUUUCUUCGAAAUCGCCAGCUAUACUCGAAGACACUUGAAUGGAAUCUCAAUCUCUGCAUCCUCGAUUUUGUCUUCAACGAACGUGGACAGCUUCGGACUAUUUUUUUAAAAUCCAGCCACCGAACCGCUUUGAGCGAAGCCCUACGCCGUCGAUUUGUUUUUGCCGGAGUCAUGAAUAUUUUUAUCGCGCCGUUUAUUGUCACCUAUUUUUUAAUGGACUACUUUUUUCGCUACUUCAACGAAUUUCAAAAAAACCCCUCCAAACUUGGUUCCCGCCAAUAUUCUCCUCUGGCAGAAUGGAAAUUUCGCGAGUACAAUGAGUUAUGGCAUUUGUUCCAACAACGCAUUCACAUGUCAUACGAGUCAGCAAAUACCUAUAUUGAUAAGUUUCCCAAGGAUAAAACCGUACAACUGUUGCGUUUUGUGGCUUUUAUUUCUGGGGCACUACUUUCUGUUCUCGCACUAGGAUCACUGGCACACACAGAAUCAUUUCUUCUGUUUGAAAUUACUUCUGAAAGAACAGUGCUAUUUUAUAUGGGCAUCUUCGGAGGUAUCUACGCUGUCGCUCGAGGGGGGGUACCUGAUGAGACUAGGUUCUUUGAUCCUGAACAUGAGCUCCUAACUGCGACUUCGUACACCCACUACAGACCUGCACAUUGGAUCGGAAAACUCCAUAGCAAUGAUGUGAAGAGAGAAUUCUCUGCACUUUACCAACUGAAGGUUGUUCUAUUUUUGGAGGAAAUUCUGAGUAUGAUAUUUACUCCUUUUGUAUUGUGGUUCAGCCUUGCCAAAUGCAGCGAUCGGUUGAUCGAUUUUUUCCGGGAGUUCACGGUCCAUGUUGAUGGAGUCGGGUACGUCUGUUCCUUCGCAGUUUUUGAUUUUAAACGUGGCACGAACCUCAGGCCUCCCGUCCCCCAUCGACCUUAUGGUCAUAGGGGCGUUAGACCCUCAUCUCACCACAUCCGAGACGAUAAUUUCUACGACAAAAAUGGGAAAAUGCUUGCCUCUUACUAUGGGUUCCUUGAUAACUACUCUGGCGACCCACGGCUUGGUGCAUCACUGUCUCACCAACACCAGGGCCAGCCGUCGCGAAUACCAUGA